AUGUCAAUGCCAACUCUGCCAUAUAUGCUGGUGGCCUGGGAAGCAGCUGGUUCUGAGACUAUGUCCAUUCGAGAUCAGAUCACGGCUCUGCAGACAGCCAGCAAGCCCUGUGUCGUCUUUGGAGAGAAGGAUGGUGACGAGGGAAAAGGUUUCUCGUUGGUUCGAACUCUCCUGGCUCAUAAGACGGAGAUCGAUCCCUGGAGCCCAUUGUACUUCGAACUGAACAUCCAACAGCUCUCCGGGAUUAAGACAGAUGAGGAUAAUAUCAAUUACCGCCUUGCCCUGGCUGCUUUCAAUCGUUCAACCAUGGCUAUCACCGCUGGAAUUGACCUCAUCCAAGGUCCUCCUGGGACUGGCAAAACAAGAACCGCGGUAGCUAUUCUCAUAGCUAUGAUGGCGCUUAAGAUCCCUUCUCAGACCAGCAACGACUGGGCCACUGUCACCGUCCGGCAGGAAGAGACCUAA